UUCUCUUUGCUUUUGCAUUUUCCAUCCUCCCAAUCAGAAAGUCAGCGCCUCUUUUCUCUCUGUGUUUACACUGUAAUCUUGGUUGAUGGGCCAGUUUACUUUCAUGGAAGACUGGGAUCUGCAAGCUGUUGUGAGAGGAUGCAGCAGUGAAGCUUUUGCUAAUAUCAUGAACGACUCACCACCACUGUUCACUCCUCUGAAUCUAGAUCCAGAUGAACUUUUUAGUUUCCCUGAAAUCUUUGAUACCACAACAGAUUAUAAUGGACAGGAAGACAUUUACGAGCCCUUGUGUUCGUUGCACCAGGAGUCCAUUUCCAGCUCAAGCGACGUUAAUGUCACAAGUUCCGUGUCUCUUCCCAUCUGUAAGGUGAAAGAGCCUGAGAAACUGCAAAAGAAACAUCCUCGUUCGGAAUCUGCUGCACCUGGAAGCAGUAGUGACACUGCCGUGGCAGCCAAAUCAAAAAGGAGCAGGAAGAAUCAGCAGAAAAGGGUGGUUAAUCAUGUUACAGAAGAUGGUCUCUCAUCUGAUAUGUGGGCUUGGCGAAAAUAUGGGCAGAAACCCAUCAAGGGAUCUCCAUAUCCAAGGAACUACUAUAGGUGUAGCAGCUUAAAGGGAUGUUUGGCUAGAAAACAUGUAGAAAGAAGUAGUGCAGAUCCAUCAGUAUUCAUCGUAACCUAUACUGCUGAGCACAGCCAUGCCCGUCCAACUCGCAGAAACUCCCUCGCUGGCACCACCAGAAUUAAGUCCUCCAUGGCCAAACAAGCGAUAUCUAACGAACCCAAUUCCCCAAUAAUCAAAGACGAAUGUUUGGAUACAGUUCCUUCUUCAACAACCCUUUCAAUGGCUUCCAAGGAUGAACUGGUGCCAGAUGUGAGAAUCAAGAAUGAAGAAGAAGGAGAAGAAGAACAGAUUAGCAAUGAAAUUGUGAUGCCAGACAUAAUCUUCAGCGACGAUUUAUUUCCAAGCUUUGAGGAUUUUGAAGAGCUGAAUAUGGAACAUGGAUUCGCAGCUACAGUUGAUUAAUCCUUGUGAAUUCAUCAAAGGCCAUUAGCAUGAUCACAGUUAUAACAUAAUCUUCUUUUUGGUCUUGCAAUCUUAGUUUUGUAUAGUCUAUAAUCAAUCGAAGGAAACAAUUAAUGUUUUUGCUUUGAUAAUUAACCAUGCCAAGUGAAAUUUGAUGUUUAAUUUUUAGCUACAUAUAAACAUGGAAUUUUCCCAGGAUGAUG